UUUAAAUAUUUGUAAUUUUUAAAUUGAAUAAGAAUGGAGUGUAUUCUUGGUAAUUGAUGCUUUAUAUUGGAACAUGGUUGAGUGGUUGGUAUUACAGUAUCACUAUUAUCUGAAAACUCAAAAUCUUUAUUAUUAGUCAACCAAGAGAAAAAGAAGUUUAUUUUCCGGUAAAAAGAGUUAAAGAACCUACCUAAAGUAAAACAACUAGUCAACGAAAAAAAAAAUAAGGAACAAAAUCGCUUAAAUCUCAAAAGUCUUACCAAAGAAUAUUUUCCUUGAUGGGUUCUCAAAAUUUUCUUGCAUUUUCCUUCUCUCUUCUCUUGAUUUUCUCUCAAAUUUCAUCUUCCUCCUUUACUUUUGAUCCAACUAGAGUCACUCAACUCUCCUGGACUCCAAGGGCAUUUUUAUACAAUGGGUUUCUCUCUGAUGAGGAAUGUGAUCAUUUGAUUAACUUGGCAAAAGGAAAGCUUGAGAAGUCAAUGGUGGUGGCUGAUGAUAAUUCAGGUGAGAGUAUAGAUAGUGAAGAACGCACAAGUUCUGGAGUGUUUCUGACCAAAAGACAGGUGAGGACAUUUGAAUUUUACUAUGUAGAUGAUAUAGUAGCUAAUGUCGAGGCUAAACUUGCUACAUGGACCUUUCUUCCCGAGGAAAAUGGGGAAGCCUUACAAAUAUUGCACUAUGAGAAUGGUCAAAAAUAUGAUCCACAUUUCGACUACUAUUACGACAAGGAAACUCUAAAGCUCGGUGGUCAUCGGAUCGCCACCGUACUAAUGUACUUGUCCAAUGUCACAAAGGGUGGAGAAACAGUGUUUCCUAUGUGGAAGGGUAAAACACCUCAGCUGAAAGACGAUACUUGGUCGGAAUGUGCGAAACAAGGCUAUGCAGUGAAACCGAGGAAAGGGGACGCUUUGUUGUUCUUUAAUCUUCAUCCAAAUGCAACCACAGAUCCAACUAGCUUACAUGGAAGUUGUCCGGUGAUUGAGGGAGAGAAAUGGUCAGCAACCAGAUGGAUUCAUGUUAGGUCAUUUGGUAAGAAGCAAUCAGAUGGGUGUGUGGACGAUCAUGAGAGCUGCGAAAUAUGGGCAAAGGCAGGGGAAUGCGAGAAGAAUCCAAUGUACAUGAUGGGUUCAGAAACUGACCUUGGAUAUUGUAGAAAGAGUUGCAAAGCUUGUUGAUCUUAAGAAUAACAACUACAAGUGAAUUAAAGCUCUUAUUAAAG